GAAGUUUCGGGACACUGUCAGAGUUGUGGUCAGUGGCACCUUCAAAAAUCCCGGAUUAAAACCACAUUGAAAAGUUUUGCAGGGAUGUGGGUAGCAAGAAGCAUAUCCUAGAUGUCAGACAUGUAGUUGAAGGAUGAAUGGUCAGAGCACGAGUCCCAGUGACUCUCCCCAGUCUCAGGAGCCAGAUGGGUCGAAGGACAUCCCAACUCUCCGCAUCCAAGACAGUACUCCACUGCCUCCGCCAUCCAAUGGGACAUCACCGGUGCCAGCUAGACAAGACAGUUUUGCUUUGCGGUCAGUGCCAACUGUCCCCAGAUCUCCGAGCCUGACAAAGUCAUCGUCGGGCUACAGCAGCUUAGCUCAUGGAGUCCUCUCGAAGCCUCUCAAACAAGAAUCUAAUAAGAACUAUGGCCCGCUCUGCAUCGGCUUGGACUCCUCUAACAAUGCUGCAUCCCAGUCCUUCAGCAGCAGAGCUAAUCAUGCCCAAGUUAAGCUGGAGCCCCUCAGUAUCAACAAGGAUAACUCCCUGCAGAUGCACCAUCCGAACCAUGCACACAUACAGUCUCAUUCCCCAACUCUGAGUGAUGUCUCCAGCAUCCGACUCAACUCAAGAAAUAAUCUCAUCACGCCGACACUGUCGUUAGCGUCCACAGACCCAGGUCCUCUCACACCCAGUGGUCUGAGCAAUGGAGACAAGCAUCUCUUCCUUGAUCCAGGAACCCUUAAGGGUGAUUGGCAACUGUUCAAGUCUAAUGCGCACAGCGGAUCGAUCCUGGGAUCGGAAGCUGGCGACCAUCUCAUGGCUCCGGGAAGUCAACUCUCACAUUAUGCCAGCAGCAACAACUCUCUCUCACCGUUCCCACAGUUUGAGCUGUCACCAUCUGGAUCAAGCUUUGCUAGCACCCCACGCCAUUCUGCCCGAUCAUUCUCCGGCCGCAUGUCGAAGAAGCGAGCACUGUCGCUCUCACCAUUGUCAUCCGAGGGGUUGGAUCUGAAUCAGCUGAUCCGGACUUCUCCAACAUCACUUGUUGCCUAUAUCAAUGGAUCUCAGUCAUUGCCUUUCACAUCCCCAAUAUCGUCAGGAACUUACGGACACUUUCUGGCCAGGACGGCAAGCACAAGUCCUGGGAGUCGAUCGCCCUCAGUGUUCCACCACACAUUUACCCCAGGGAGCCUUACGGCACAACCUACUCGGGCACUUGUCAGGAAGGGACCAGAAAUCCCUAUCAACAACUCUGAUGACUUGAUAAAUUACCGUGGCAUGGGGCAACUGGAGACCGGAGUGAUCCCGAUGGAGUUAAGUGAGAAUCAGGUGGUCUUGCCACAGGCGACAAACUUAGUCUACCUGCAGGGCAAUGACGAUACUUUGUUCAAACAAGAGGGCAAUAAUGACAUGAACACCAAUGUUGGUGGUAUCAACAGCGAUCUGAAUUUAGCAGAUGAGAAGCCCACAUUGCCAUUGGCGACUAUGGAGGUGACAAACCCGGAAAUGGUGACAAACGGUCCUAACAAACGGAUCAGUGGUGACCGAGGUCUGACCACAGACUCUGAGAUGGUCUCUGAUGUCAUGUGCACCAUGCAGCAGUUGCAGGGCAGUGUUAAUAUGGCACCUGCAAAUUCGCUGGAUAUGGCCCAGGCAAACACGAUGAUGUCACAGAUUCCUGCUGAUUAUAAUAUGAAUCUUCUAGAAAACACACGACCCCCUAACAUGGCUGCUAAUAUGGAUGAGGGUAUAUGUGUUAACAACCCAAGUGUCGGCAACGCAAACGCGUACAACAAACCGGGUGUGUAUGGUAUGCAAUCCUACCAUCAGGAGAGUGUGAUGCCAGCUUCGAGUGGGACAUCUGUCCAAUCAGGACUACCCCCACCGCCAAGUUAUGCUCAAGCUUUACAACAUCAGAAACAGCAGCACUACGACAUGACCAACUCCAUUGACUCAGGUUUCUCCAAUUCACCGCGCGACGCACAAAAUAACGUCAUGAUGGCUACGGAGGAGAAGGAUGAUGGCGAUAUGAAGCCGUUCUUUUGCAAAUGGAUCGACUGCAAUCAGGUUUACGGGGACCAAGAAGAUCUUGUGCGCCAUAUUGAAAAAGUCCACAUAGAUCAACGUAAGGGCGAUGACUUUACGUGUUUCUGGCAAGGGUGUCCGCGCCGUUACAAGCCAUUCAAUGCCCGCUACAAACUGCUGAUUCACAUGCGCGUACAUUCUGGAGAGAAGCCUAAUAAGUGCACAUUUGAGGGUUGCAACAAAGCAUUCUCGCGUCUAGAGAAUUUAAAGAUUCACCUUCGAUCGCAUACAGGGGAGAAGCCAUAUUUGUGUCAGUUCCCAGGAUGCACUAAGGCAUUUAGCAACUCGUCCGAUCGUGCCAAACAUCAGAGAACUCAUGUCGAUGCCAAACCCUACGCCUGCCAAAUCCCAGGAUGCCCCAAGCGUUACACAGAUCCAAGCUCCUUACGGAAGCACGUCAAAAAUCAUUCACAAAAGGAAAAACAAGCCAGAAAAAAGAUGCGAGGGUCAAAAGAGGAAGAUUUCAGCCCGGAAAUGCUAAGUGAAUGUAUGACGAUUCAUCAGAUCCGGCCAGCUGGUUCACCAAUGGAUGCUACGGACAGUGGUAUCGGACACUCCCCCCGGGGUUCACAUCCAGGCACAUCACAUGAUAUUUAUCCUAACAUGGCUUUCUCAAGCAACCAAUCUAGUCGCAGUGGCACAGCUAAUGGUAUGGCCAGCCUCAGUAAUCACAAUUCACCUGUCAGCGUGCAGCAAGGCAGCCCGAUGGCCACCCAGUCGCACUCAAUGCAGGACGAGGCUGUGCGGAGAGGGUCCAACUACUCUCCAGUUCGUCGUCCGGUCGCGUCGUUCACGCCACGACUACACCACCACAUGGUGAACUUGAACCCUCAUACCAAACUGCCCCAGAUUCCAAACUUUUCUCGAGUGGCGCAUAAUAAAGCGAACAAUUCCCAUCAUCUGCCCCUGGUAGCCCAGCAGGCCACACCUAGCUACAGCUACAACGCAGGACCCACCGGCAUGCUCAUCAACUCCAAGGGGGUCAAGCCAUUCAGUCCACGCAAUCUUGCACCCAUCCCAACGUUCGAGGACCAGCUCUCAAGUCUGCCAUAUGACACCAUGCAAAGGGCAUUAUCAAAUCAUUCAGCAUUUGCUGAUCAGUACUCUGCACCGCAUCACCAUGAUUAUGACAUGUGUUCUUAUCGCAGUCAGUGUGUUGUCGACGACGGCAACCGUUUUCUCCGUCUCAGUGCGAUUGACCGGUAUAACAGUCAAAUCUCGCCCCAGGCACAGAUAUACGCUGACGGCACAUAAACAUUUGAAGAGCGAUCUGCUCAGUCUUGCUGUUUCAUUUGAACUUUUCUCUCAUUUGCCGGGUGAAUGCAGCGCCAUCUCAUAAAUUUAUCGUCUUCUUGUUGUGGUUUUGGUGUAACAUAUCAGUCAUUGCUUACGUCCACCAAUGCCUGCCGUCCAUGAAAAUUAACAGUACGGAAAUAGAUGUGAUUUUUGGUGCGUGCCUUUGCUAUGAAACAGAUUAUAAAUCAUGACCUAGAACAACACUUCCAGCAAAUUCUCAAAGCAAGAAACAAGUCAUCUCAUUUCAUUGGUCUAUGUGAGGAGUAUCGACUGAUCUUUGGAGAUGAGGGCAUGAGCCACUAACAGAAAUCAAGCUUUCUUUUAAAAAAUCAUGUGAUUAAUUAAUUGAUUGAUUUUGUAGAAUUUACUGUCUCAGAAACAGGGUUUACAGUCCAGGGUUUUUAGGUGUGAUAAUUAGAGUUUAUCUGUAAAUAUAGGACUAUGGUGUAUAUAAGGGUAGAUUAGGCUGCAUAUAUAUGUAUUGUUUAUUUUCAUAGUCCUUCAUUUUACGAGUAUUUGGCCUCCAUGAUACAUUGAGUUUAUAAGUUGAUUCUGUUUUCUGAAACAUAAAACUUUGUCUGAUGAUCAGGUAAUAUUUCUUUCCAUUUCCAAUUAGUCCUCCCACACGGUUGCUGUUUUGCGUCAAAAAUGAUCAUUUGGAAAUGUUUUUUCUGUUGAGAACGUCUUGGGAUAGUGGAUCUUUCUAGAUGUUUUCGAACUCAAACAUGACCUCUAUCUAAGAAAAGUAAAAACAACUUUUUGGUCCAGGUUACUGAGAUAUCGUAGGAGGUGCAAAUGGCUUCGGGGAUGGAAGGUUCGAAUAUGGUAGAUCGGGGAAGUAAUUGGGGAGGGAGCUUGAGGUGUAAAAGAUGAGAAGUUUCUGGAAGGGUUCUCACUUCCAGGUGUUGACAUCUUAAUGUGACAUCAGAAAUAUUGUGCUCAUUGUAUCGUUGACGACCUCUUUAACUUUAAAUUUUAAAAAAUUGAUGUCUCACGAGUCAAGGACUACAUGUGCACUUGGAAGUUGUGGCUUUUGUAUAAUAGAGUUGUAUUUUUCCUUCGAAGAAAAAUGUGAUGUACAUGUACUAUUUUCACUAAAAAAUGUAUAUAGCUUGUUUGGAUGUGUAUUUGUGCAUUUAAAAUUGACGUGAUCUCAGAUGGGUCAAACUGCAUGUCUUUGUAUAGAGUGUGAAUAGUGUAUAGUGACACAUACAGUAACACUAACAAAGUAUAGCGAGUCUAGUUCAUUUGAACUUGAACAAAUCUUUUAUACCAAUGAUGUUGAUGAUGUAUUGUGAUUUAAGUUCUUGUUGGUCUGAAAUGGACUUUUGAUUUAAAAAUUUGAUACACUAUUUCAUGUUUAGUGUGAUGAUUAUUGGGUAGGGGGCUCUGUUCAUUGGAUUACUGUCUUGUGUUAUUGUUGUUUUCUGUUCUUGAGAAGUGGUAGCCAAUGAAUUCAGUUGCGAUUUAAAGCAUUCUACUGUUGUGCAUCUGAUAUGCAUUUACAAGACUUAAGUAAUAAUGUAAAAACGUUGUUAUCGGAUGUAUUCUUGCCUGGUUUCGCUGUCUUGCCAAAGACUUCCUGUCUUGUUUUCUUUUUCAUUCUUGUAAAUAGACGCUGUGGUGAUGUCAAACUUAGGAUUAUCUGAUAUUCAUAUGCUGUAUACCAUGAAAUGUUCGUGAAGCUGUAAGCUGUCCACUGUUUUACGACUGUAUCCUAAUAAAAAAUACAAAUAUCCCUUUAUACCAAAAUAGAUUCUGUGAUUUGUGUUCUAGUCAUGGUUUCAUUGUUGUGUACAUGUUGUGUGAAAAUCACAAGUAUUGAUGUGAAUUGUUUUGAAUAAAAAUUUGACCUGGAAAUUGUACAUUUCAUGAAAUUGAAAACUGUAAGUGGGUAAAUUGACUUCAGGGGUAAUUUGUUUAGCUCUCUUAAAGUGCCUGUUUGAAGCUGAAGGGUAUUCUUAAGUCUUGCCAGUUUGGUGGUUUAACAGGUCUUUUAAUCCAAAAACUGUUGACUGUCUGACCAUGUUGGUGAAAUAAAAGAGUAACGAGUUGAAAUCUAUCAACCUAACGAUAAAAUUAGUAUUGCCUGAGGAGGGUUAAUAUUUUGUUUAACAUAUCAACAUUCAUAGUAUCAUUGAUCAUUUAGAAUUGAUUGAUUUAUUGACUUCGUGAUUUAUUGAUUGAUUAGGUGGACCAUGCUAAUUAAUGCUAAUUAAUUAAAAAUACGUCCAAAUGUUUUUAGAUUAGAUGAGUGAUUGGUUUUAGCGCAUAUUUUCUAAUGAGCGACUUGUAGCAAGUAUUUAAAGUUCUUACUCCUGUGUUAGCAAAUCCACACCCCUUUUGAAAUAGUUGCCAGGUUUUAUUAUUGCUGUAUUAUCAUUGCAUUGAGAGACGCUUUAUUAGUGAUGUCUUUAUGUUGCUAUGCAGAUACUGUUUUGUUUUUGUCAGUGUAUUUGCACAAAAUGGUGUCAAAAUAUUAAUCAUGGUUGAUAUUGGCGGUGAUGAUUAUGACUGAAAAAUAAGUCUAUGAAAAAUAAGACUAUGAUGUCUGGAAUCAGACCUCGGGAGUGGUUGCAAAAGUUUAAAACGUUGAGUAUUUUAUACAUUUGUAAAUCUUUUAGUCCUUCCAAUCUGGGGUUGGUUGCUUCAUCGAUGAAGCAAAUUUUAGAUUUCAAAUGAGAAAAGUUGAAUAUUGUUUGUAAAGAUGGCAGCACUAUAUCAUCAAGUGACCUUUGUCAACUCCUUCGUUAUUUGUAAUGUUAUGUUGAAUUCGAGUGAAAAAGUUUGACAGAACGUGUUGCAAUAUUCUUAAAGGGUAAAAUUAUCUGUGUUUUUUGAGUUGGGAAUUUGUCAGUUAAUUAUAACUUGUUCUUGGUAUCAGAAUGUGCUAGUUGUCACUUGUACACUACAGGGUGUUCGAGAAAAAGGUGUAUCACUUGUGGGUUUUGAAACUUCAGCGUAUAUGCAAGGUUGGUGAGAUUUUCUCACCUAGGGCCAUUUUUGUUUGUUUAAACACUAUCAAGGAUGUGGCUCCUUGGUAAUGCAACAUAUUGCAACACUGUGCUAAGCUUUUUAAAUUCUCUGCUAAAAUGUUUGUUUGAUUCCUUGUUUCUUGCAGAAGAGAGACACGCAUAUAGUACAUGUAGUUUUCCUCACUUUUGCCAGGGCAAGUUUAUUUGUGGAUAGCGUGUUGUACGGUGUACUUCAAUUUCCAUGAAGUUGACAAAUCUGAAAGUUCCAGAUACUUUUUGUUUGUACUGAAAAAUACUUAAGUGGUUUCCGUGUAUUUGAACUGGAGCUUAUUUUGAAUAACAAUUAUGAUCAAACAUCCUGGAUGGCCUAUUUCCCCUCCUCCUACUUCACCUUGAGGUUCGAAAAGUUGCUCUCUACGAAUAAGAAUGUUGCCCUGGCAAUGUAUAGUGAUUUUGUCUGUUAUUCUGUUAUUUCAAGUGUUGUGACCUGGGUAUUUUGUGGGUACAAGUGGAUUACUGGGGUCUUUUUGUUUUAUUUGCUGUGCUUGUGUUUUAUUUUCUGGCUCUGCUUCAUUGUAGCAUUCACUAAGUGCCUACCCAAGGAUUUAUUGAUGUUCUAAUGUUGUCCAAUAAAGACUUAUUUAUUCA